AUGUCCGCCUCUUUAGAUAAAUCAUUAGAUGAUAUUAUAAAAUCAAAACCAAGAACAACCAAAUUUGGUAAAAAAUCAAAAGUUGGUAAAAAUUUAACUAAUAAACAUAAAAAACCAGUUGGUGCUUCAUUUAAUAGACCUAAAGGUCCUCCUCCUGCUGCUGCUGCUGCUGCUUUACCUGCAUUUGAUUUAAGUUAUGCUACCAAAGUCAAUGUAUCUGGUUUACCGAAAGAUUUAAAACAAGAAAAUGUCAAGGUAUGUCUAAUUGAUGACUUUAUGAUAUGAUUGCAGAAAUUGGAAUGAUUUUUGAUUUUUAAAACAAAUUAUGAAUUAACUGGUUUAAUUAUUGAUAAUUUGUUGGUUUUAAGUUCUGUUUUAGUUGAUUUAUUUGGAGAUCGAAUGUCAUAAAUUUUUAUCUUUGUCAUUUGUUUAGUGUGCAUGGGGCAUAUAAACAGAUUUUAAAAUACUUUGAUAGUAUUAUUACACUUUGAUAAGUGCUAUAAGUGCUAUAGAAACUUGUCUUGUUAGUGCUGGAAUUAAAUUAAAUGGGAGUUAUAUUUUAGUUAUUCCAAUUAAUUUUGAGAAUAACCAUGAUUAAACUUUGGUUGUCCAAUCAAAUUUGUGAACAACAAUGAUUAUUGAUUGAUUAUCAAUAGUUCCAACUUUAUCUUGGCGGAUAAAAUUGUACUUCCAUUUAAAUUUUUCAUGAGAAGCUAAAGGCUUGUCAUAAGCAAAUAGUAUUCAAAUGAUAUUUCCAAUUUAUCACCAACCAUGUCCAAUCUCCAAAUUGAUCUGGCUAAAACAAGAUCAUCUAAAUGUUCAAAUUCAUCAUUUUUCAAUUUCUUAAUUUUCACCUUUUCUUUUAUUUAGAGACUAACAUUUAUUUUUUUACAGGAAUUUUUUCAAUCACAAAUUGGUUCUGUUGCUAGUGUUGCUUUAAGUUAUAAUGAAAAAGGUCAAUUUAAAGGUUUUGCAACUGUUAUUUUUAAAAAUAGUAAAGCUGCUUCAUUAGCUGUUGAUAAAUAUAAUAAUGCUUCAAUUGAUGGUGGUUCAGGUAAAUUAAAAUUAGAAUUAAUUAUUGAUACAUCCAAAAAACCAUUAGCUUCAAGAAUUAUUGCAAAUCAACCAGCUAAACCUUCAACUCCAAGAAAAUCUGGUUUUGUUAAAAAGACUUUGAAUAAAAAUAAAAAUUUUAAGAAUAAAAAACCAGUUAAUAAAAAGAAAACAGUAGAAGAGUUGGAUCAAGAGAUGACUGAUUAUUUUGAAAAAUAA